CUAUCAAUUUUUUGUAACUUGGUUCUCGCUUUCCCUUUCCUUAUUUUAACAGAGAAUGAAUUUAAUCUAGUCUUAUUUUUUAGUCUAUUUUCGAUAUCUUUUCUUCUUCUUUUCUUUUAUAUCUAUAUAUAUACUCUCUAUUCUUAUGGAAAACACUAUAAAAAGAUCACCUACUACUACUAUCAACUACACUGGUGGACCCAUACCGGAUAUAGUCAAAAAGUGUUAUGUACAGCAACAAUUACCCGUUCGAAAGCAGAGUUUGGCUGCUUAUUCUAUCAGAAAAAGAAAUUUUCGACCUUCAAGUAUAACUAAAAUGCCCCUUCAUCCUCCUGGGAACUGGAUACAAGAAGAGGAUGAAUUUGAUUUUAAAGACAGACCACCUUCUACCGUAGUUUGUACUGAACCAGUCGAUCCUUCACAGAUUCUAGAUGAAGAAGAUAGCACAACCUAUCUAUCUACUAAUUACAGCGAAGAAAUGCUUAUAGAUGACGUCGAUAUGGACGAUCAACAGCGAGAAUGGCGUAAGGCGAGUUUAUCAAGUGAUACAGUGACCAUAUUUCAGUUGAAUGACAUCCAAACCUCUUCCUUUUUACUAAAAAUGCAACAGAAAAAGCAGGAACAGCAAAAGUCAAUUGAUGCAUAUUACAACAAAUCAAUACAUAAUGCUUUAUUAUCACAAGUCGCAAGUGAAUUUUACAGAAGAAUAUCGCUCGCCACUCUAACAAGAGACAAUAUCGAAUACCGAGAUGCAUUCAGUGGCAAGGAGGCGAUCAACUGUUUAUUGUCUGUGCUUUGUAUACAAGAUCGUAAACAAGCUUUAUCUAUUGGACGCGCAUUAGGAAGUCAACAGUUCUUUCAUGAUGUUAAUUAUGAACAUCAGUUGCUAGAUUGUGAACGUGAAUUGUAUGUGUUUCGCCAUAAAAAAGAUGAUAUAUCCACAAAGGAUGAAUCACAGAUAAUUGAUCUUCCUCAAGGAGUAUAUACACCCUUCACCAACUGCUAUUCUAUUACCUGUACAACACAACAUCCUUGUUACAGUUUCAGCUGUCCAAAAAGAAAGGGUCUAAAGCGAAGUAUGAGUCAGUCAUCCGCUCAUGAAAAGGAGGAAGAGACAAACAGUUUAUGGAUACACUCGGUACCUGGAAGCAUUGUUGAAGCAACUUCAUCACAAGAGAUUAAGCGUCAAGAGAGUAUUUAUGAAUUGAUUUAUACAGAAAGAAAUUUUGUUAGAGAUCUUCAGUACAUUGAUAAUUUUUGGAUAAAGCCACUGUUAACAAAUGAUAUUAUUGCAGAAGAUCGGCGAGAAGCCUUUGUCGAGCAAGUGUUUUGGAAUAUAGCAGAGAUUGAGUCUGUCAAUUCAAAACUUUCAAAAGCAUUAGAUCAAAGACAAGCAGAGUCAUAUCUUGUAUCAAGCAUUGGAGAUGUCAUGUUACGACAUAUUUGUCAUUUUAUGCCAUUUGUGAGCUACGGAGCACACCAAGUCAUUGGCAAGUUCUAUUUUGAGCUCGAAAAAAAGAGAAACCCACAAUUCGCCCAAUUCGUAGAGGAAACUGAACGAAAGCCUCAAUCACGUAGACUGGAAUUGAAUGGAUAUCUUACAAAGCCAACAACUCGACUGGGAAGAUAUAACCUUUUACUACGAGAAAUUUUCAAAAGAACCCCAGAUGAUCAUCCAGAUAAAGAAGCAAUACCACAAGUCAUGGGCAUCAUCACUCAGUAUUUAGUGCAAGUAAAUGCAGAGACAGGAAGGAGGGAGAACUUGUUUAAUCUCGAACAAAUUCAAGAGAGAUUAUCGUUUAAAUCACCUGCAGAGUAUGCUGAUCUACAAUUACAAGACCCUGAAAGACAGCUUUUAUUAAAGGGACGAAUGAAAAGAAAAGGAAAUACAUCAUCAGAAUCAGCCGACCUUCAAGUAUUUCUGUUUGACAAUUAUCUUGUCAUUGCAAAAAUCAAGCAUAUAGAUCACCUGGAAGUGUACCGAGCCUUUAGAAAGCCUAUACCACUUGAAUUGCUAUCUGUACAUAUCACACCAAAUAAUAACCGACAAAAGCGUGCUAGCUCAAUAUUACCUUACAGCAAAUCCCCAAACACAUCUAAUAAUACCAUACCUAAGCCUUCGACAUCAGAGAACGGUCAAGCAACAAAAUCAAAUAAUUUGUCAAUUACCUUUACCCAUCACGGUCGCAGAGGAGCUCCUCCUCUGACACUUUACGCUACCUCUGCCUCUAACCAACAGCUGUGGAUAAAAGCAAUAGCCGAACAGCAAGAGAAGCUAGAAAAGAAAAGAUGCGUUUUUUCCAUACUACCGAUGAUUAAAAAUCACUUCACAACAGCCAAUCGUGUAAAUAACACAGUAACAUUAGAUUCAAGUAACAAGAAACUCUUGAUCGGUACUGAUCAAGGUGUCUAUAUCACCAAUAAGGAUUCAGAAACAAAAAAGCUUACCAUUUCCCGCAUCGUUCAUCUCGAAAAGGUAUCACAGAUUGAAGUGAUGCCCAAUUCUCAACUGUUAGUCCUUGCUGAUAAAACCCUAUGGUCAUUUCCUUUGGACAUUCUAUCACCCAACGCGGCGUCCCAGAUGAAGCGCGGCAGGUCCGUCAGUCAAAACACUGCCUUUUUCCAUGUCGGAGAGUGUUUAUCAAAAACUCUAGUCUGUGUGGUCAAGUCAAAUACACUUUCGGCUACUACGAUUCGCGUACUGGAACCGGUUGUAGUAGAUGAAGGUAAAAAGAUAAAGUCUGGGUUUAGUAUUAGAAGACUUGUCAGAGGUAAUCCUGUUGGCUUGAAGCCUUACAAGGAUCUGUAUCUACCAAGUGAAGCCUCUUCCAUCAAUUUACUCAAGUCGAAAAUGUGCAUAGCGUCGCCAAAGGAAAUAGGAGUCGUGGACAUGAAGAACUUUGGUGUACAAGCUUUACUUGAUCCAGAAGAUGAAAAUCUUUCUUUUGUAUUUUCACGAGCUGAUAUUAAGCCAAUCACGGUGUAUAGAAUUAAGUUUGCUGAAUACUUGGUCUGUUAUAAUGAAUUUGCCUUCUUUGUAGAUCAAAGAGGACGCUUUAUUCCGUCAAGUGCGCGUAUCGAUUGGGAAGGCUCCCCUGAUUCGUUUGCCUUGUCUUACCCCUAUGUGCUAGCGUUUGAACCAGAAUUUAUUGAAGUUCGACAUGUUCAUACAGGACAUUUAGAGCAAAUUAUAAGGGGCAAGAAUAUUCGAUGUACAAGUAGUAAUACUCAUAAUUCUAUCAUCCAAUGCGCAAUGAAUGACCCAGAGAACGAAGGAUAUCAAAUUGUAUAUCAGCUGGAAAGAGUGGUCAAGACGUAAAUUGUUAAUUUUACCCCUCUCUCUAAAGUUCUUUACUAACUAAUUUAAUAAAGUGAACAACAAUAGAAAGUAAAUAUAAGUGACUAAUGAAUCUUUUUCUUUUCUUUUCCUUAAACAAAAUGUAUGGUAUUGACAGUAGUUGGUAUAAGAAAUUAUGGAGUUUAUGUAAUAUAGAGUUUGAAAGCAAGACCGAUUUUAUAUGUAGUAGUAGUGGUAAUUGACGUGUUUGAUGAAAUAAUCAUUAUAAUAACUCGAGU